GUUUAUGGAAAGAACACCAAUUAUUUAGCCAUGAUUCCGAGACUUCGAGAUGAUCGCAUAAAAUUAUUUGAUGAUCUGGGCCAACAAUUUGAUCUUUUAAAUAUGGAAAUGCAAGUGUGUCAAUGUCAAAGUCUUUAUGAAACUUAUAUUAUGAUUGCAACCUAA